AUGAAUCGCUCAUGGCGACGUUCCCAGAUGGAGAACAGAAAGAGAGGAAGAGAUGGACCCAAACAUCACCGCUGUCAACACUGUGACAAAUCCUUCACAACAUCUGGAUAUUUGAAGAAUCAUCAGAGAGUUCACACUGGAGAGAAACCGUACAGCUGUGACCAGUGUGGGAAAACUUUCAGUAGAUCAGAUAAACUAAAAAUCCACCAACGUGUUCAUCAGAUAUUUCACACUGGAGUGAAACCUCACAGGUGUGAACAGUGUGGAACAACUUUCAGUAGAUCAGAUUCCCUAAAAUUCCACCAACGUGUUCACACUGGAGAGAAACCGUACAGGUGUGAACAGUGUGGAAAAACCUUUGCUAAAUCAGGUAAUCUAAAAAUUCACCAACGUGUUCACACUGGAGAGAAACCGUACAGGUGUGAACAGUGUGGGAAAUCUUUCGCUAAAUCGGGUACUCUAGAAAUUCACCAACGUGUUCACAGGGGAGAUAAACCUUACUGGUGUGAACAGUGUGGAAAAACUUUCACUAAAUCAGAUUCCCUAAAAAUCCACGAACGUGUUCACACUGGAGAGAAACCUCACGGGUGUGAACUGUGUGGGAAAACUUUUGCUAAAUCAUCUAAUCUAAAAAUUCACAAACGUGUUCACACUGGGGAAAAACCUCACAGGUGUGAACAGUGUGGGAAAUCUUUCGCUAAAUCAGAUUCCCUAAAAAUCCACGAACGUGUUCACAGGGGAGAUGAACCUUACUGGUGUGAACAGUGUGGAAAAACUUUCACUAAAUCAGAUUCCCUAAAAAUCCACGAACGUGUUCACACUGGAGAAAAAACUCACGGGUGUGAACUGUGUGGGAAAACUUUUGCUAAAUCAUGUAAUCUAAAAAUUCACAAACGUGUUCACACUGGAGAGAAACCGUACUGGUGUGAAGAGUGUGGGAAAACUUUCAGUAGAUCAGGUACUCUAAAAAUUCACCAACGUGUUCACACUGGAGAGAAACCGUACUGGUGUGAAGAGUGUGGAAAAUCUUUCACUACAUCAAGUGACCUAAAAAUCCACCAACGUGUUCACACUGGAGAGAAACCGUACUGGUGUGAACAGUGUGGAAAAACUUUCACUACAUCAGGUGAGCUAAAAAUCCACAAACGUGUUCACACUGGAGAGAAACCGUACUGGUGUGAACAGUGUGGGAAAUUUUUCACUCGGUCAGGUGACCUAAAAAAACACCAACGUGUUCACACUGGAGAGAAACCAUACAGGUGUGAACAGUGUGGAAAAACCUUCACUGCAUCAGAUUCACUAAAAAUCCACCAACGUGUUCACACUGGAGAGAAACCGUACUGGUGUGACCAAUGUGGCAAAUCGUAUGCCGACAGGAGAACCCUUAGACGACACAAAUGCCUCAGUAUGACGGUUUUCACAGAGCCGAGCGAGCUGUUUCCUUCUGCCCUGAAUACAACUACCUGUCAUCGUGUGACUGUGCUGGACUAACGUCAUGUGAUGACAGCUGAGGAAAUUUGAUUUGGAAACAGCUGGAAAGCAUCAGUCCGGACGUUUCUAGCCAUUAGCAAAAUUAACUGCAUUAGUCAGGUUUCACCCAGUAGUGGGCGGUCUCUGCAAUUUUUAUACCACUAUAUGUAGAAUUCAAUUAGUUUGAGACAGUGUCCAGAUUUGGACCUGAAUCCAUCACCAACACUACUUAAUACCCAUACACAUAGGUAAUCAGCUGAAACAAGAGGUGUGGGGGUUUAGUGACUCUUUAAGAAGGCCAUGGGAUGUGGUCAAAAGCUCCCACAAAUAAGUGGUGUGUGAGGCUUGAGUUCAGACUCAUUGAUUACAGAUGAGUUCUCCAAGGUCAAGAAUGAACCUCCGCACUUGAUGAAAUAUUGUUCCUGUGUGCUUCAUACAUAUAUUAUUGUUGUUGAGCUGUAGGUUAAACGUGUUUACAUUAAAUAAUCUGUAUUCUACAUCUAUUAUUUACUUUUACAUCUAUAUUCAUUGAUUUAUUUUCUAUUACUGAAUGUGGUUUUGUUCAGACUGAAACCAAAUCCAAAUCUAGUCGAUGUAAAGAGACGCAGAUUCACUCAGUUGGUCUUCUUUGAAGAAGACUGAAGCUCUCAACGUUGCUCCUGCACCAUCUCCUCUGUGGGAUGUUUGUACUGUUUGCAACAGUUAAUGUGUCCUUGUAAUUAAAACAGAUUUGUGAGCAAUAUUUGAGGGAAAUAGGCCUUUUGUGUACAAAGAGAAAGUCUUAGAUCUUUGAGUUCAGCUCCUGAUGAAUGGGGGCAAAAACUAAAGUGUUUGACAAAACAGUUCCACAAAAACAGCUAACGCUAAUUUCUUUGUCUGCUAAUGAUGUGUCUGCUUACACAGUGAGAUGAGAGCAUUCAUUGAUGAACUGACAGUUAUAAACUUAAUGUGACCACGUGACGGCCAAAGGGGAAACUGUAAUAGAAACUAAUAGAUUUUACCUGUAUGUACUUUUAAUAAUCCUCUAUAUGUCAUUACUUUGUUCUUUGCUCAUCUUAUGUGGUGUUAUAAUUUCCACUAAGUGUACCAGUGUUUUGAUAUAAUGACCUGUGAGAUUGUUUUGUGUCAUGCUUUCCUGUGAGAAAGGAGUUUCCACUGUGGCUCAAGGCUGAGAAAGGCUUUUCUGUUGGACUUAACAUUAAAUGUCUUCUCUGUUUCUCUAAUUUUGGUAUGUGUAUUUGUAUACAGUAUAUUUAGGGAGACCUGAGAACAGCAAAGACAAAGAAACACAAACGCAGGCAGACAGAACAAAAGGACAUACAGCAUCAGAGUCACUACAGAGAUCUAGUAUCUUCAACCAAGUGCAGUUGCCCUUGACUUUAACCUUCGUUGGAUCUGAAGAUGAGUUUCUAUUCCAUCAUCUGGUCUUAUAGAGAUGGUGGUGCAGAGCUUUGUCUCACAUGUUGCUCCAAAAUCUUCCACAGGUGUGAACUGGGUCGAGACCUGGGCUGCAUCUGAAAAGUCAAAAAGAUCUCCUGAAGGAGAAUCCAUAAGGACUUAGGAAAAGACAACCGUGGGUCUGAGAGAAUCCGGCUGCUCUUUUCUAGGCGACGUAACUGUUACUGAUGUGGCCCGACGUUAUGAAACUACAAUGUUCUGAAGAUGGACUACAAAAAGCGCAUCUGUGACAAUGCGCCCUGUGUUUUAAUGCAGGCCAUCUAAAGGUGGACAAUAUGAUGGAAAACAGGCUAUUACUCCAUAACUAAGGUAGCAAAAAACCCUAAAGGUUACCAGUCACCAAAUAAUCAGGGAUGGGAUUUUCCCGGAUUAAUCCGGAAUUCCGGAUUUCCCAACCUGAAAAUCUGACCCACGUGAAUCAUAUUGUUGCUUGUUACAGGCUGUGUCUAAUGUUUACUUUGACUUUGAUGUCGAUUGAUCACUCAUAUAGCCUGUAUACACUUUACUGUGUGAAUGGUUGGUCGCUUUUUAAGGCGUCAUUAUGUUAAAGGUUUUUGGAACGUUAUAAAUUAAUUUCUUGUAAAUAGUUGUGACGUGGUUCAUAUAAGGCCUUUUCAGAUGGCUUGGAUCUGCGGGGGCGCUCUGCACUCCUGAUCAACAGACAGGCGCUCCGCGAGGUAUCCAUGGCAAUGGCUUCUGUGUAACUGGUCAGUCAGGCCACCAGGUCUUAAACAGGCAACAACCUCAGCUGCUGUCUCUUAGUCAUUAAAAGUCAUCUCCUCAACCAG